AAAGCGUUACUACACAACUCUUAGCGAAUACCACUGAAAACCUGUGGCCUCUCCUGGCGUCAAACCGUUGUAGCAGGACGUGCUGAUGUGAGUAAGCCCAGUAGUCUAACCACGAUUCUUAGAUAUCAAUGCAGCGAUGGUUGCAGUCACAGCUGGUUCUGCUAGCAACUACUUCUCCCCUUGGUGGCGCCCGCAAGGAAUGGUUUGGCGCACUCGCACACCUUGAUGCAUGGCGCAGCUUUGCAUCUGGCAAUUCGGACGCGGGGCGGCAAGGACCCAAGUCGGGGGAACGCCGACUUGGCGUAGACAAGAAGGGCUCAGAUGGCGCCCCCAAGUCCCCCCAGUCUCCCCUGGAGCUGCUGCAGCGUUUCCGCGCCACUCUGCGACCCACACCCCCGGUCAGCUUCAUACGCGGCAUGCCUGCGCCAACAGCGCUAUCCUGGCUGCGGCGGCGGGGCCCCCAGGUACCCCACGCCGUGCUGCACCGCCUCUUCCGGCAGCGGCAGGUCCGGUUGUUCGACGGAUCGCGAGUGGUCCGCGUGCGCCCCUCGCGCCCCCUCCGCAACGGCGACCUGCUGCUCUACCCGCUCGACCUGAGCGCGGCGGCGGGCACCGCAAGCCCUGGAGCCCCGGAGGAGCCCGGGGAGGAGGCGGACGGCAGCCGCCGCCAGACCUCCCAUGCCGCCGCUGGACCGGGACCCGGCAGCAGCGGCAGCGGCAGCACUACCGGCAGGCCCUCACUGUUUGCAGCUCCCUCUGCUAGGUCAGGCGGUGCGGCAGCGGCAGCGGGCGCGGGGGCGGCGGGGCUGCUGAGUGCUGAGCGGGUGCGGCGGUGGGUGCUGGGGGUGCACCCGGGGCUGCUGUUCAUCAACAAGCCGGCGGGGGUGCGGGUGCAUGGACGCGCGGCGGGCGACGCGGAUGGAGGCGGCGGCAGGGGCGGAGCUCCCUCGCUGGAUGCGGUGAUGGGGCGGGCGCUGCGGUUCGGAGAGCAUGACGAACCGAGGUUGGUCCACCGGCUGGACCAGCAGGCCAGCGGAGUGAUGGUGGUGGCGCGCAACGCGGAUGCUGCGACUUGGCUGGCGGCGGCCUUCAGCGGCAAGGCGCGGCAGGCUCUGGCAGAUGCCGACGAGGAGGAAAGAGGGCUGCGGGAUGGGCGGCGGCGCGGGGCGUCACGUCGGGGCGAUGAGGACGACAACGAGGAGGAGGAUGGCGGCGGGUCGGAGCAGCUGCACGUGCGCCGCACCUAUUGGGCCUUCCUAGCGGGAGACCUGCAGCCCAGGCAGACGGGGCGCAUCAGGUUCCCGGUGCUGGUGGACGGCGUGUUCCAGCCCGCUGUCAGCUCCUACCGCGUGCGGGCCACCGGCUGCGGAGUCACGUGGGUGGAGCUCACGCCGGAGACAGGUCGCCGCCACCAGCUACGAGUGCACUGCGCGCGCAAGCUGGGCGCCCCCAUCAUUGGCGACUCGCGCUACGGCUACCACGGCCUGCCACCCCGUCUGGCGCUGCGAGACCGCCUGCCGCCCGAGUGGUGGGCGCUGCUGGGG